AUGCCGCCCAACGCGCUCCAGAGCCCGGGGACGAGGCUCCGAGGCCCGGGGACGAGCGAGCAGCCGGGACCCUCCACGGAGACACUAGAGAAAAGACACGGACAUCAGCCCCGAACACGAGCCAACAUCCCGAAAUCAGGCGACAGACCCGGUGAGAGCAGAGCAGCGGCCACCGAGGCUCCGGACACGACAGCGCCAAAAAGAAAGAGCAAGAAGACGGUGAAGAAGACGAAGCCUCCAGCUGUGGUGGACGCUCUGUCCACAGAGGAGAUGAACAAGGACCAGUUGGAGGAGCACAUCGUUCGUCUGAGGGAGGAGUUGGAUCGGGAGCGUGAGGAGAAAAGUUACUUUCAGCUGGAGCGAGACCGAGUCCAGAGUCUGUGGGAGACCGGCCUCAGGGACUUAGACCGAGUCCAGACCGAGCUGAACCAGAGAAGAAGAGAGAGGGAGGAGGCCGAGGAGCGCCACCGCCAGGAGAUCAACGUUUAUAAGCAGAAGUUGAAGCACGUCCUGUCGGAGCAGCACGGCGCCGUCUCUGAGCUCAAGACGGUCCAGACCUGGACCAAAAACCAGGUCCAGAACCAGAACUCGGACCGAGAACUUAACCUGGUCCAAGAGAAGAGCCACAUGGAGACGAGACUCAGAGAGAAAGAACAUCUGAGAGAGAAGAGCCUGAAGACACUGCAGCUGAAGCAGCAGGUGGAGCUGAUGGAGUUGAUGAAUGACUAUGAUCGAAAAGUCAGAGAUGUGGAGCAGAGGUUUCGUGCUCUCAGCUCGUCUCUGGGGCAGGAGCAGGAGAGGAGGCUUCAGCAGGAGGUGCAGGAGGUGGAGGAGGCAGCCAAGAAGAAGAUUUCUGAGCUGAAGACAGAGCAGCAGCGCCUCCUCAGGGCCACAGAGGAGCACUACAGCAACCUGAGCACCAGACUGGAGAUGGAGCACAGAGAGCUCACGGAGCGGCAGGUGGAGCUCCGGGCCGAGUUGUCACGAGUCCAGAAGAAACUGACCGAAGCUCAGAGCGAGAACCUCCGUCUGAAGGAAGACCUCGAGCAGGCCCAAAGACUGCUCCCAGACCUGAGGAGAAAGCUGGAGCAGAGUCUGAGGGACAAAGAGCUGGAGAAGAAAGGACGAGAGCGAGAGAAGCAUCUAGAGAAGGAGCUGAGGGCCCUGAAGAUGGAGAAUACUCUACUGCAGCAGGCCUUUGAGAAGGUGGAGCGUGAGCGUGACCAGUUGAAAGAUGCUCAGCUGCUGUUGGAGCUGGAGGUGCAGCGUCGAAACGGCCUGAAGGAGGCGCUAUUACAGCAGAAACUGUCUGCACUGAGUCUGGCACUGCACAGCACCCAGGAGCCUGUGCCGGACUCAGGGCUGAGGUGAGACUGGACCAAGACCAAAGACCAACAGGGUUUGUUUUUUUUUUUGUUUUUUUUUGGUGCCUUGUUUGUUUCUUUGACGUUUCAGCUCAGUUACUAUUUUUAGGUCACUCUUGUUUAAAACUGUAUUUUUUUACUAAAUUGAACGUUUUUACCCUGAGGCUGCUCCCUCAUUAAAAACACCUCGUCUUUAAAGGUAAAGUCAUGUUCUCAUCAAAUCUACACCUGCUGAAUCAUUAUGGACUUAUAACAGAAGGUUGGCAGCUCCAGCCUGUCUGUCCUUGUGCCCUUGAGCCAGACACUGAACUGAAUCUUACCUGUGAAUGUGGAUUGGGUGAGUGUCCUAAAGUGUUUUCUGACGUGAAUGCAAAACCUUCACAAUAAAAGCACACUCUG